GUAUAUUUCAAUGUAAGAAAUUUAUUGGUUGUGAACUACACAAUGGGGAAUUUAAUCAAUUAACCAAUAGAAAAACCGGUUAUGAAUCGUGAAUUACAGGUGCAUUAAGAAAAAGAGAAUACUAUUAUUUCAACGUUCUACAACUACUUCAUUUUCUUUAAGACAGUUUGAUAAAGUAAACAGGUAAAUGGACAGUGCUGAAAGCAAAAUAAUGAAGAUUAAAGUUGUAUUUCACGAUCUCGAACAAGAACGGGAACAACAUUCAGUGGAUGAUGGAGAAGAAGACGAAUACAUGGAUAACAUUGAGCCGUUACGUCAAACUACUCAGAGAAAAUCAAAUGAAUCCUUGCCAACUUUACUACAACGAGCUCAAUCAAGUGAUUCACCAUUUGCUAUUGGUAAUAAAGAGAAAACGAGCUUGAAUAAAUUAACAUCAUCUCGUUCAUUGAGUCGUGGAAAUGUUAGGAGACCUAGUGAAAUUUCAAUCAAUGAUUUUCUCUCUAUGCCACCAGUGCUUGAAAGUAUAGAUGCUCAGCGUAGAUCGACAUUGUAUUCAGAUGAAAAACACAAUCCUUUAGGCAGACGUGGAAGUACGUCAUCUGAAGAAAAUAUAGAGAAAAGUAAACCAGGAGAAUCCAAUGAUGAUGAGUGUGGUGCUGUCGACAAUGAAUGUGAACAUGGAUCACACUGAAACCGAAGGGGAAGGAGGAAAAGAAAUACUAGGAAUUGGAGUAUGCAAUAUCUGUGAGAGUAACUUUAUACAAAUGGAGCAUUUUUAUUAUAUAUGCUAACGAUUUUUUCUGUUGGUCAAACUAAUUUUCAUGUUUUUGAUUGAUUUCUGUUAUUAUAAUUUGUAAUUUUUUAGAGGGUAUUUAUUUGGUUCAAGGUUAGCUUCAAAUAAAUUAUCUUUGGUAUGCACAAAGUCAACAACAGGAUAAUUUCGUCAUAAAAGUGAACUAUCUCAAAAUCUAGAUUUAUCGAUAUUCACGUGAGGGGAACCACCAAACUUCAAGUUUGCGAACGACCUUAUCAUCUUUGUGUAUAGAAAAUGCUGUGUUGCGUAAGUAAUUUCCAGUUGAGGAGACAUCUGUUAAUGUUGCUCAGACGAAGAUAAAGACAUACUUUAUCGUUAGCCCCUUACAACUGUGCACACAGUGAGCUCAUCUCAGUAUCUGGUACCAUUUCUUCAUAUUCGUAGAAACCACUUUACUUUCUGAUGAGAUAGUCCUGAAUGUCUCUUCUCCCGAUCACUACUAUUUUCUUCUUCCUAAGGUUUUUUCGAUGUUGUCCAACAGAACUUGUGUUGAAAAAUAGUUUCGAAAAUGAUAUAACUAAGAUUACUGCUGACUAAACUAACCAGAAAAUAAUUUUCCGUCUAUUGUUUUGGACACUAGUCAUUUAAGCUACUUUGGUUUUUAUAACUAUUGAAGUGUAUUAGUAGUAAAAUAGUUAUAGACAACCUCAUAGAUGCUCUAAAACUCCUUGCAAUUAGUGGAAAAUUCUAGCACAUCAAACAUUUACAAUUCGAGUUCGAAAGUAAGCACUAGACUCAACAGCUUGCAUGCAACUCACUGUUUCCCUUUUGGAGUGUUGAUACGAUAUUCUAAUCUGACAUUCCAUAACCACUCAAAUUGGCAAUUUUCGGACACACUGUCAUAACGAGUCAUUCACUUAGAGGGUUGUUGAGAGUCAGAGUGAAUAUUAGUGAUCUGCAUUGAAAUUAUCAUCAUGUAUUUAUCACGAAUAAAUUCAAGAGUUAAGUACAGUGCAUAGACGUAACUCGAGUCACUAACUGAUAUAUAGAUUCCUACUCACUUGCUUAACUGUGACCCUGUUAAUCAUAAAAUAUAAGGCUUCCUGAGUUCAAUAGCAUUUGAUGUUGCGGGUCCAGUGAUUAUUAUAAUGAUAAUAAUUAUUGAGGAAUGGUAUCUUAAUGAAUAAAACGGUGACGUAUAUAUAUUUAGAUAUUCGGUUCUACCAACUAGGUAAGAGUGAACAGUGGCACCAUAUGAGUAACCUAGUAGAAUCCAAUUUUUUGUAUUGAGACACAAAUUAAUUUAUCGACAAAAUUUGUAGUGACACAUUAUUAUUUAUCAAAUUUAGUUAACAGGUUUUUAUGAAAUUGUUGUAUUUUGUUUAAUUUAAUUCAUUCGCUGAUCCCAAGGAGCUGGAAAUACCAAAAGUAUGUAAUCCACUGGGAAAUUAUAGUUUAUAAUUGCAAAUUAUCAAUAAUCUGCAUUAGCCUGUAUUAGAUGAUGAACCUGUAUAUUUAUAGCGUGUCGAAAAAACUGCCGGCUAGAUAAGUUAAUGAAAACUCUUCUAACAAUCUCAAAAAAAUAUAUAUUAAAUUUUUUGUUUCAUGAUUAUCUGUUAUAGGAUUCCAUAAUAUGAUUGUAACUUAUAAAAAUGUUAUUCUUUUUGAUAAUGGACUAUGAUACAGCAGUGUCUAUGAGGAGGCGUUUCGCGUGUUUGAGUAAAAUUAAACUUCCUCAUCAAAAUUGUUUUGGCACACUCAUCUAUGCAGCGUACUUCGACUGAAAAAAAAUAAAAACCUAUAAAGAUGAUCUCGGUAAUUAUUAUAAAUAUACAUUAUAUAUUAUAAAUAUACAUCCCGAAGGUGAAGUCGAACUGCUGACUGUACAGUGGUGUGACAACAGUAAGAUGUUUCCUUCAGACAACCAGCAUGACAGUGAUGCUGCCUUCCCACAAGGAGGUGUGGGGUUAGAAAAGGUCGACCCUAAAAAUGCACACCUAGCCUUAUCCCACGGAUAUUCGUCUCCGGUGGUAAGGUCCCAACAAGCACGAAGCUAACACAAAAAUUACCCAUAAAAAGGUCGUGUGUGACCGACCUCAAGCAGCUGUCCCUUGGCACUGUGGUCAAGCUCACAGGUCACUAGAACCACCUCUAAUCCAAUUUCCUUUUCAGGUACCUCCAGAAGAACCCUUCCUCGGUGUGGGCAACCGGGAAGUGAUAACCGCCCUCAUACCUCUAACAACACCCAAGACCACUGUAUUCAUAAUCAACCUCCGUCUUCACUUCCUAUUUUUCCUCCUACAUCGACUUUCACCUCUAAACUUCCUCUUUCGGCUUCCCCCUCAAAUGUCACCACAGCCAACGAUCCUAGUGCUCAAAACACUGCUCCAGGUCUACUGAAUCUUCUCUCCAAACUAUACAUUGGAGACUUCAACGUACGCACCCUAUGUCAAAUCGGUCAAUAAUCUUCCUUGGCUAGAACCCUAGAAUCUCGUACCAUUGAUGUAUGCUGUGUCUCCGAAACACGCAUACAGGAUUCCAGUGUGGUCAUUCACUUGACCUCACCUCGGCAAAACGGAGAGCCAACGAGAUACACCAUCCGUGUAUCUGGUGACCCGAUGGCCAGUUCUCAUGGACCGGCAGGUGUAGGCGUAGCACUAAGCAUGAGGGCGGAACAAGCA